AAUGCAUGAUUUCACUAUAUUCUACCGUAAUCAUAGAUCAGAUGAGGGUCCUCUUAAUGGGCAUGCCUCUCAAGGCAUUAGCAUGUAAAGCCCAAAUAUUUUGUCCAGGCCCACUAGUAUGGGCCAUUAUUGGGUCCUCAGGCAUGGAAAAACUACUAACCAUCCAAAAGGCUCGAGUUGUUUCGCGGGCCAAUGAGCGGGGAAGCCCGAACGAGCCGAGACUGAGAAUCAUAUAAACCUUGCAGAAAUGUUGGAGGAUGCUUUCUCUAUGAGCAAUGUGACGACGAUUCACGCCGUGGGAAGGAACCGGAGUUGUUGCCGAUCGAUAUCGAACGGAUUGAGGCUCUGUCUCUUGAGUUCUGCCAAUUCUCGCAGCUCUUUGCUGCUUCGUCUCGACUUCUCGCUCCGCCAUGUUCCUCCGUCGCUUGUCGUCUGGUGUUUCUCGUUUAGGAAGGGCUCCCGGCUGCAGAAGCUGCCAUCGCUUAUCUUCCGCUAUUGAAGAGCUCAAUAAGGAAAUGGAGUCAAUAUUUGGAGAACCCCCUUCAAAUGGGUUUGUCGGUUCUGCGAGCAAGAUUACGGUUGACCAUGAAUCGAGACAUCAAUCUGUGGAGUCCACCAAUUUGAAGGCAAACAACUCCCAAACUCAAGAACCAGCAGGUGUUAUGUCUGGGCUAACACAUGUUGGAACCUCGGGAGAAGCUCAGAUGGUGGAUGUUUCGUCCAAGGAAAACACUAAGAGAAUUGCAUUGGCUAGCUGUAAGGUCAUUCUUGGGAAAAAGGUGUUUGAUCUGGUCUUAGCCAAUCAGAUGGGGAAAGGAGAUGUUCUUGGUGUGGCGAAAAUAUCAGGCAUCAAUGGUGCGAAACAAACUAGCAGCUUAAUCCCGUUGUGCCAUAAUAUCACCAUCACACACGUUCGUGUAGACCUGAGGCUGAAUCCCGAGGAUUUUAGUGUAGACAUUCAAGGUGAAGCUUCAUGCACUGGAAAAACCGGGGUUGAGAUGGAAGCUCUGACUGCCGUAUCAGUUGCUGGCUUGACUGUGUAUGACAUGUGCAAGGCUGCUUCAAAAGACAUUCGUAUUACAGACGUCAGGCUCGACCGUAAAACUGGUGGAAAAAGCGGGUCCUGGUCUAGAGGCGAGUGAAGCAUCUCUGCUAUUUAACUCAAAGCGGUUUGGCCUUUACCCAUGUUCCAUAGAGGUUAGUUUCCUCUCCUCAGAGCUUAUUUCAAGAUUUUUUGAACUUUUAACUGGUGCCCUCUCUAAGUAAUGAGGAAACUUUUGCAUAACAGUAAGUCUAACAAGCGUGUUCAGUGGAUUGUUUCCUAAGUGGUUCACUCUGGUUUGACUUCAAUUCUGUGCAUUGAACAUUGGCCAAUUAUAUUCACACAUACACCAUGGAAAGCACAAGCUGAGUUGGGAUGUGAUCUGUCGUUGGUGCUGUUUGAGGUGUGAUGCAGAAAGUGGGGAGUGAUAUUUUACUUACCCGUGAAGAGAACCUUAGAUUUAGAAGGGCAUUGUUUCUUUUAAUUUCUCUUUGCUUCUACAUGUUGUAUCCUUCAUAUUCUUCUGACUUUUGUCUUCUUCAAUUUCUUUUUUUUUUCCUGUUUUGGAGAAGGGUCUCCAAUAAAAGAAAAUUCUUGGGGUUUUGGUCUUUUUUAUCACAUGCUUUCAAGCCUUUUCUUGCACCCAUUACAUUGAGUUACAAGAAGUUUCUUCUCUCU